GCCACGACCGGAAUUGACCAUUUUUACGCAUUUUGGAAACAAUGGAGACAGCCGUGUUGAACCUCGCCAUCAUGCCCGAGGUGGUGGACUGCAACAGCAACACCUUGAACGCGGAGCUGGAGGUAAAAAAGCUGCAGGAGCUGGUGAGGAAACUGGAGCGGCAAAACGAGCAAUUGCGCACCCGGGCACAGCCUCCCGCGUCCCCGCCGUACGCGCUGCGCAGGACCGGGGCGCAGUGCCAUUUGUCCGAGUUGGAUGCGCGUUUUUUGGAGUACUUGGAGCCCAGCGUGAGGGAAGACGGAGCGGGGAAAGCGGAGGAGGAGGAGGCGCAGGCGUUUCUGGAUGAUCUGGAGCUGCUGGAUCUAGACUCCAUGUGCGCCUCCUCGGAAGACUCGCAGGAAACAUGGUUGUACAUGACGCAGAGAUCUGGAGAAUCCUCUAAUAGCUCACUCACUCCUCUGGAAUGGUGUCGACAGACUCUGGACAGCCCCAAAUCAGAGCUGGAGGCCACGAGGAGAUCUCUGUCCCUACGACUAGAACAAGUCUCUAGGUGGCACAGCACCCUGUCCAGCCCCUCCCACACCUCCUCUCCUCCCCCGUCUCUCACUCGAGUCACUGGAAUGUCUCCCAUCAGCGCCUCCCCCUCGGCCAAAACCUGCUCCACUCCACAGUCAGAAAGACACGCCUCCCUGACCUCCCCACGACACUCUAUCCUCCACCGCACCCUGAGCCCCGUGCCCAAGGACCUGUCUCCUGUAGCCGAGAGGACUCCCACUUUCCUCCCUCACCUCUCCAAACGCAGCCGGAGUCUGCAGCGCUCUGUGUUCAGCCCGCAGUCUUCCGUUGACGAGGAGGAUUCUGUGUGUCUUGGGUUCAAACUACAGGAUCUGACGGACGUCCAGGUUAUGGCCCGGAUGCAGGAGGAGAGCCUCAGACAGGAGCUGGCAUUCCCCCCGCGCCGCAGCCACAGCCUCAGCUCCUUUCCCCUGAGCGUCGGUGCCCUCUCAGGCCGGGGUCGGGAGGACGAAGAGGAGGAGGAGGACGACGAAGACUACGCUCUCCUGCCCCCGCCCGCGCCCCGCCUCACCACGCGCCUGCCCCAUUCCCACACCUUCCACACCCUCAGCCACUGGUCAGGAGGCAGCCCCAGUCCACAGCACCUCUCCGCUGGAUACGACUUCCACACUCAGGAGCUGGAGCAGGCGCUGGGCAGCCCCUGCGUCGAGCGGGGCUACACGCCAGGAACAGAUAAAGUCCUCCGGAGCAUGCCCAACCUGGUGCGUGCUCCCAGCAUGCCCAGUGUGCCCCUGCCCCCCUCCCCCUGUGCCAGCCCCAGAGGCUCCCCCUGUUCCAGCCCCAGAGCCUCCCCCUGUCUGCUCCGCACCAGCCACAGCUUUGACUUAACCACUGGACUGUCCCCACUGCAGUCCUCCAUCCCUGCUCCGGCUCCACUUCAGUCCAGAGUCCACAGUGUGGGGAGCUUCUGUGUGUCCAGGCCCACAAUGAAGGCCACCGCCUACGUCAGCCCCACCAUCAAGAGCCCCUCCUACCUGCCCCCCUGCAGCACCGGGCUCUCAUCCUAUAGCCCUGGUUUCAGCUCAGGUCUGAGUGGGAUCCCUCUUCGGGGCAAACACACAGCGUCUCCCACCUCGCCCCGCAGUGCUCUGCCGCGCCCUGCCUCUUUCAUCGCCACCUCAGGCUCCAGUCCCCGCAGCAAGCUGACCCAAUCAGGUCGCAGUUUCCUGACACCUCCAAAGAGUUUGUCCGCCCUGAGCGCUCUGAGGGACAGCCACAGCGCAUGGAGAGACGGCUGCUACUGAUGAUCUGGAGGGCGCCCCCUGCUGGACAGGGGCA